AUGGCGAGGGCGGAGGCCAACUGGGAGCGGCUGGUGCGCGCGGCGCUGCGCGGGGAGCGGCUCGUCGGUGCCUACGGGCAGCCGGUCACCGGCAUAGCCGGGAACGUGCCGUCGUCGCUCGGCAACAACGUGCACAUCGAGGAGGUGCUCCGCGCCGCCGACGAGAUCCAGGAUGAAGACCCCACCGUCGCCAGGAUCCUUUGUGAGCAUGCUUACACGCUAGCCCAGAGUUUGGAUCCCAACAGCGAAGGGAGAGGAGUAUUGCAGUUCAAAACCGGUUUAAUGUCAGUGAUCAGGCAAAAACUAGCGAAGAGGGAAGGUGUUGCUAUUGACCGAAGUCAGGAUAUUGCUAAAUUGCAAGAAUUUUACAAGCUUUAUAGAGAAAAGCAUAAAGUGGAUGAGUUGAUUGAAGAUGAAAUGAAGCUGAGGGAAUCAGCUGUGUUCAGCGGUAACCUUGGAGAGCUGGAACGGAAAACCAGGAAGCGCAAAAAAGUACUUGCGACUUUGAAGGUCUUAUGGUCAGUAAUAGAGGAUAUGACAAAGGAAAUAUCACCGGAGGAUGCAAAAAAUUUGAUAUCUGAAGAGAUGAAAAAGGUCAUGCAAAAGGACGCAGCAAGGACGGAGGAUGUUGUUCCAUAUAAUAUUAUUCCUCUAGAUUCCUUGAAUUCUACCACUAAUGCAAUUGUGAAUUUUCCGGAGGUGAGGGCAGCAAUAUCAACUCUGCAGUACCAUAGGGAUCUGCCCAGGCUUCCUGGUACCUUUUCAGUCCCUAAUGCUAGGAAUUCGGAUAUCCUGGAUCUUUUACAAUGUGUAUUUGGUUUUCAGGAGGAUAAUGUGAAAAACCAAAGGGAGCAUAUCAUUCACCUAUUGGCAAAUGAACAAUCUCGUGUGGGAAAACUACCAGGGAACGAACCGAAAAUUGAUGAGGGUGCCGUGCAUGUUGUGUUUUCUAAAGCUCUUGAUAACUAUAUCAAAUGGUGCAACUAUCUGCCCCUUCGUCCUGUCUGGGAUAACACUGAUUCAUUGACAAAGGAAAAGAAGUUGCUAUAUGUGUGCUUGUACUACUUGAUGUGGGGAGAAGCUGCCAACGUGCGAUUUAUUCCAGAGGGCUUAUGCUACAUAUUUCAUCAUCUAGCAAGAGAAUUAGGGGAGAUUCUGCGAAAACAAAUUGCAGAGCCAGCUGAAAGCUGUAGUUCUGGUGGUGUUGUGUCGUUUCUUGACAAAGUCAUUUAUCCUUUGUAUGAAAUCAUUGCAGCGGAAGCAGCCAAUAAUAAAAAUGGGCGUGCACCACAUUCUGAAUGGAGAAAUUAUGAUGAUUUCAAUGAGUUUUUCUGGUCUCAUAAGUGCUUUAACCUAGGAUGGCCUUGGAAGCUGAGCGACCCAUUUUUCUCGAAGCCCAGUAGGAAGGAUAAGGGCUUGCUAGGUAGGAAUCAUCACUACGGAAAGACAUCUUUUGUGGAACAUAGGACUUUUCUUCAUCUUUACCACAGCUUUCAUCGCCUUUGGAUGUUCCUUAUUAUGAUGUUUCAGGGACUAACUAUCAUUGCUUUCAAUGAUGGUAGUUUUGACAGGAAGACCAUAUUGCAACUUCUUAGUCUGGGUCCUACUUAUGUUGUAAUGAAAUUUAUUGAGAGUCUAUUGGAUAUUCUAAUGAUGUAUGGUGCCUAUUCAACGUCUCGUCGAUCUGCAAUCACCAGAGUGGCGUGGCGAUUCUGCUGGUUUACUGUAGCUUCAGUUGCGAUUUGCUACCUAUAUAUCAAGGCACUUCAAGAUGGCACAAAGUCAGCAACAUUCAAGAUAUAUGUUUUUGUAAUCGGUGCAUAUGUGGGCGCUAAGAUAAUUAUCAGCCUACUUACGAGUGUCCCUUGUUGCCAUGGUUUGGCUGAGGCUUGCUAUCACUGGUCUGCUGUACGCCUUGUUAAGUGGAUGCAUCAGGAGAAUAAUUAUGUUGGAAGAGGCAUGCAUGAGAGUGUCCUUGACUAUAUCAAAUACGCCACUUUCUGGAUUGCAAUUCUUGGUGCAAAGUUUUCAUUCACCUAUUUUCUCCAGGAAAGCUUAAUAAAACCUCUUGUAAAACCAACAAGAACUAUAAUCAAUUUCAGAGGCCUGCAGUAUGCUUGGCAUGACUUUGUCUCAAAGAAUAAUCAUAAUGCUCUUACAAUCGUUUCUUUAUGGGCUCCAGUGCUGUCAAUUUACCUUUUGGACAUUCAUGUAUUCUACACUGUAUUGUCUGCUAUUUAUGGAUUUCUCCUUGGUGCACGCGAUCGCUUGGGAGAGAUUAGUAAUGUCGAGGCAGUACAUAGAUUCUUUGAGAAGUUUCCUAGAGAAUUCAUGCAUAGACUUCAUGUUGCUGUUCCAAAAAGGAAGCAACUGCUAUCUUCUGGUCAGGUUUUCUUGGCCAAAGAGAUUGCAGAGGACUGCAAAGACUCACAAGAAGAACUUUGGCUAAGGAUAUCGAAGGAUGAAUACAUGCAAUAUGCUGUUGUAGAGUGCUUCCAUAGCAUUUAUCAUAUUCUGACGUCUAUACUAGAGAAAGAAGGACGCCUCUGGGUGGAAAGGAUUUAUGGUGGUAUCCGAGACAGCAUUUCAAACAGGACCAUCCAAAGUGAUCUUCAUUUCAAAAAGUUGCCUAAUGUUAUUGCCAAGCUUGUUGCUGUAUUGGGAAUACUGCGAGGUACGACAGAGUCCAGUGAUCUGAAAAAAGGUUUGGUUAAUGCUAUUCAAGACCUAUAUGAUGAUGUUCAUCAUGAAGCGUUUUCUGUUAAUAUGAGUGGCCACAUUGAAGACUGGGAACAAAUUAAUUUAGCAAGGGCUGAAGGUCGCCUCUUCAAUAAACUCAAGUGGCCAAAUGAUCCCAAAUUGAAGGACUUGAUCAAGCGAUUGUAUUCGCUUCUGACAAUUAAAGAAUCAGCAGCAACUGUCCCUAAAAAUUUAGAAGCCAGGCGGAGACUUCAGUUCUUUACAAACUCUCUGUUCAUGGAAAUGCCUCUUGCACGGCCUGUUUCAGAAAUGGUCUGCUUUAGCGUGUUUACUCCAUAUUACUCUGAGAUUGUUCUCUACAGCAUGGCUGAACUGCAGAAGAAAAACGAAGAUGGUAUAACUACACUGUUUUAUCUCCAGAAGAUUUACCCAGAUGAAUGGAAGAACUUCCUUACUCGUAUCAACAGGGAUGAAAAUGCAGCAGACUCUGAGCUUUUUGGCAACCCAAAUGACAUACUUGAACUACGUCUAUGGGCUUCUUAUCGUGGGCAGACCUUAGCUCGAACUGUCCGUGGCAUGAUGUACUAUAGGAAAGCCCUUAUGCUGCAGAGUUAUUUGGAGAGGAUACAAUCUGAAGAUUUGGAAUCUACAUUAGGGUUGACUAGUUCAGUUGAUACACAUUUUGAGUUGUCACCUGAGGCGCGUGCACAGGCUGAUUUGAAGUUUACAUAUGUGGUUACCUGCCAAAUUUAUGGAAAACAGAAGGGGGAAGGGAAACCCGAAGCUGCAGACAUAGCCUUACUAAUGCAAAGGAAUGAAGCUUUUAGAGUUGCUUACAUUGACGAAGUCGAGAAUGCUAAGAACGGAAAACCCAUCACCGAGUAUUACUCAAAGCUUGUGAAAGCUGAUAUUCAUGGAAAGGACAAGGAAAUUUAUUCGAUUAAAUUGCCUGGCAAUCCAAAGCUUGGAGAGGGAAAACCCGAAAAUCAAAAUCAUGCCAUAAUAUUCACUCGUGGAAAUGCAGUGCAAACUAUUGAUAUGAAUCAGGAUAACUACUUCGAGGAGGCACUUAAAAUGAGAAACCUACUUGAGGAGUUCUCUCUGAAGCGUGGCAAGCAUUACCCUUCAAUUCUUGGUGUUAGAGAGCAUGUCUUCACGGGAAGUGUUUCCUCCCUGGCCUCAUUUAUGUCUAACCAAGAGACAAGUUUUGUGACAUUAGGACAACGUGUUCUGGCUAACCCACUGAAAGUGAGAAUGCACUAUGGUCAUCCAGAUGUUUUUGAUAGAAUUUUUCAUAUAACAAGGGGUGGAAUUAGUAAGGCCUCCCGCAGCAUCAAUAUCAGUGAGGAUAUAUAUGCAGGAUUCAACUCAACGCUGCGUCAAGGAUGCAUAACUCAUCAUGAGUAUAUUCAGGUUGGCAAAGGUAGGGAUGUUGGACUUAAUCAGAUUGCACUAUUUGAAGGAAAAGUUGCUGGUGGAAAUGGUGAACAAGUUCUUAGCCGAGACAUAUAUAGACUCGGACAAUUUUUUGACUUUUUCAGGAUGUUAUCCUUCUACGUGACAACUGUUGGAUUCUACUUCUGUACUAUGCUAACUGUGCUGACGGUGUACAUAUUUCUCUAUGGGAAAACGUAUCUGGCCUUAUCUGGUGUUGGAGAAUCAAUUCAAAAUAGAGCGGAUAUACUGCAGAACACAGCCUUGGAUGCUGCUCUGAACACUCAAUUUCUUUUCCAGAUUGGUGCAUUUACUGCAGUUCCCAUGAUUCUUGGUUUCAUCCUUGAAUCAGGUGUCUUAACGGCUUUUGUUCAAUUUAUUACAAUGCAGUUCCAACUAUGCUCUGUAUUUUUCACUUUCUCACUUGGAACAAGGACCCACUACUUUGGCCGUGCAAUAUUACAUGGAGGUGCAAAGUAUAGAGCAACUGGUAGAGGUUUUGUGGUACGACAUAUCAAGUUUGCUGAGAACUACCGUAUUUAUGCUCGAAGCCAUUUUGUGAAAGGGAUGGAGGUUGCACUUUUGUUGGUUAUCUUCCUAGCGUAUGGGUUUAACAAUGGUGGAGCAGUUGGCUAUAUUUUACUCUCUAUAAGCAGUUGGUUUAUGGCAUUGUCUUGGCUUUUUGCUCCCUACUUAUUUAACCCAUCUGGAUUUGAAUGGCAGAAGAUCGUCGAGGAUUUCACAGACUGGACAAAUUGGCUGUUUUAUCGAGGUGGUAUUGGUGUUAAAGGAGAAGAAAGCUGGGAAGCUUGGUGGGAAGAAGAACUGCAACAUAUUUACAGCAUUCGAGGGAGGAUACUGGAAACCAUACUAAGCCUGAGGUUUUUCAUCUUCCAAUACGGAGUUGUUUACCACAUGAAUGCCAGCAGAGAAAGUACAGCUUUAUCGGUGUAUUGGAUUUCUUGGGCUGUGCUUGGUGGCCUUUUCAUCCUCCUCUUGGUCUUUGGUUUAAACCCCAAGGCCAUGGUACAUUUCCAAUUGUUCCUGCGUCUGGUCAAAAGUAUAGCGUUAUUGAUGGUUUUGGCUGGUCUGGUCCUGGCAAUUUUGUUUACGGAACUCAGUAUCGGAGAUGUUUUUGCUUCCAUUCUAGCAUUUGUGCCAACUGGGUGGGGAAUCAUUUCGAUUGCCAUGGCAUGGAAACCUGUCGUGAAGAAAUUGGGUUUGUGGAAAACUGUCCGUGCCCUAGCUCGCCUCUAUGAUGCUGGCACGGGGAUGAUCAUUUUCAUACCCAUAGCCAUUUGCUCGUGGUUUCCAUUCAUAUCCACUUUCCAGACGCGACUUCUGUUCAACCAGGCGUUCAGCAGAGGUUUGGAGAUCUCUCUCAUCCUUGCUGGCAACAAUCCAAAUGCUGGGAUGUGA